AUGGCCAACUCCAUGCUCGCAGGCCUCAACUGCACCAACAACAUCCAUCUCAUCAUCGGCACCAACCCACUCGCCUCAGCGCGCUGCACGCAAUCCCUCUCUGCGGGCGCUCAUCCCAUCCUCAUCGCCCCAUCCACAAACGACCUACACUACAACCUACAAACCAAAAUCGACGAGGGCCUGCUAAAAUGGCACCAAAAGACCUUUGAGGACUCCGACCUAUUCACCCUCGGCAGACAAGAGGUCAAUUACACCGUCGACGCCGUAUUCGUCACAUCAGGUCCGCGUGAUGCACUCGCAGCUCACAUCUCAGAGGUGUGCAGGAGGAACCGCAUCGCCGUGAAUGUCGUCGACGCACCGCACCUAUGUACAUUCAGCCUCCUGUCCACGCACACAGAUGGACCGCUGCAAAUUGGCGUGACGACAAACGGGCGGGGAUGUAAACUUGCUUCCAGGAUACGAAGGGAGAUCGCAUCGUCGCUGCCGUCAGGGCUGGGUGUAGCAUGCUCAAGACUAGGGGACGUGCGGAAGAGGAUACAGGAAGACGACUACAUAUCGCCAGGGGAUCUGGACGACUCGCUAGAUCAGGGGGCACUGUUCAACAAACUCGUCAAGGAAGAUGAGGCACGUAACCGACGAACACGAUGGCUAAGCCAAAUGUGCGAAUACUGGCCCCUGAACCGCCUCGCAUCCAUCACGGACGAAGACGUGGAAAAGCUUCUCCUCGCAUACCCAGGCCACAAUGCCUCAUCGCCACUCCAGCCCUCCCCCUCCACGCCCACCAAAAAGGGGAGAGUCAUCCUCGCCGGCUCAGGACCAGGACACCCUUCCCUCCUCACAAACGCAACCCUCAACGCCAUCCAGACUGCCGACCUCAUCCUCGCCGAUAAACUCGUCCCCUCGGGCGUGCUGGACCUCAUCCCGCGCCGCACUCCCGUCCAAAUCGCACGCAAGUUCCCUGGAAACGCAGACAAAGCGCAACAAGAGCUCCUCGAAUCGGCUCUCUCCGCCGUGCAGUCCGGCAAAACGGUCCUGCGCCUCAAGCAAGGCGAUCCAUUCAUAUACGGCCGCGGCGGCGAAGAAGUCUCCUUCUUCAAAAGCCACAGUCUAGGAGAUAGGGUGACGGUUCUGCCGGGCGUAACGAGUGCGCUGAGUGCGCCUCUCUUCGCUGGCAUACCCGCCACGCAGCGCGACGUUUCCGACCAAGUGCUCAUCUGCACGGGGACCGGGAAGAAGGGCAAGCCGCCCACGCCGCCAGAGUACGUCGCCAGUCGGACGGUGGUGUUUCUCAUGGCGCUACACCGUAUCACGGGCUUGGUUUCCGAGCUCACGACGCAUGUCUCGUCCGUGGAGAGACAGGACCUUGAUCCCGCGCAGGUGGAGGCUGAUAAGCAGAGGACCCUGUGGCCGCUGAGGACGCCGUGUGCGGUGAUUGAACGCGCGAGUUGUCCCGAUCAGCGUGUCAUUCGGACAACGCUGCAACAUGUUGCUGAAGCCAUUGAGGCAGAGGGCAGUCGUCCGCCGGGUUUAUUGGUCGUUGGAAAUGCGUGCGAGGUUCUUUUUGAGCGGGAAAAAGGAAGGGCGUGGGUUGUGGAAGAAGGCUUCAGGGGUUUGGAGUCGGAGGCUGAUGAGAAGUUGUUUGUGGGUUUGCAGAAUGCAUUGGGUGCCGUUGGUGAAACGUGA